GUUCUAUUACAGAAAAGAUAUUCUGAGAAUCAUUGAUAUUUUGCAUGAAAAUUCACUCAUGUACGAAUCUUUCGAAGAUUUCAACCCGGAGGAUAUUGUUAAAGCAGAUAAGAAAAUUCUUGAUAGAUUUACACUUGGAUUUGGAGCUCUGGCUGGUUUUUCAGCAUUCACAGCUCUUCUAAGAUGCUAUGUUAUACUUUUAUUCGAUUAUGAAGAUCAGUAUAUCUAUGAAGUUGAUUCUUUCAAUGUUACAAAACCGAUUUAUAACCAAAACUUACCUUACUACAGUUAUAUAUUCUGGGAUCAUCAGAAAAAUAGAUGGAACUUUGCUUGCGCCGUGUUGUUUCAGUGUUAUCCUGUAUUUUUCUAUGGAAUGAUUGUUACUGGGUUUGAUUCACUCUACGUAGGGAUAAUAAGCAAAAUAAGUUGUCAAAUAAAAAUUCUUAACGAAGCGUUUAAAACUGUACGGCCACGUUGUCUAAGACGCUUGGGACUUCCGAUUACUUCUUCGGGUGAUGUGCUCAGAGAGGUGGAUUGGGUCAAUCGUGAACUGAACAAAGAGUUGACUAGAAAUACGAGGUCUUUGCAAAUUGUUUUGUCAAUUUGUGAAAAAAUGGAAGAAAUUUUUACUUAUGCUGUGCUGGUGCAAGUUAUGGUGUCGCUACUUGUGUUUUGUUCUUGUUUAUACUUAAUAUCUACGAUGCCGAUAACAGAUAAACGCGUAAUCGUUGAAAGUAUCUUCAUGCUCGCAAUUGAAAUGCAACUUUACAUGUAUUGUUAUUUUGGUAACCAUGUCACAACAAGGAGUGAUGAGAUCUCCCUGGCCUUAUUCGAGGGCGACUGGUUGUCAACCGACGCGGCAUUUAAGCGCAGCAUGCUCAUCACUAUGACACGGGUGCAAAAACCAAUCACGUUGACUAUUGGAGGAUUUUCGCCUUUGACUUUAGCCACAUUUGUUACCAUUGGCAGAGCUUCGUAUUCGUUUUUCGCAGUGAUAAAAAAUGCAAACAUUUAAAUUAGUUCAUUGCUAAAAUAUGUAUUGUAUAAUUUAACGUUUUUAUUCGCAUUGAAAGAGAUUGUCACGGUCAAGGUCUCGGCGAGCUAAGCUUCUUUCUGUAUCGCUAUCUUUGUUGGUUGUUCCACCAGUUUUGCACUUCCACUUCGUCCGAUGGCGAACCGGUAAUGCAAUAAUACCAUCUAUUAUUCAACAUCCAACGAAGCGCAAUGCGCAAACACACAUUGCACACGCAAAUGUUCAAUGGAUAUCCCCUAGCAUUUCUUUAUGUAAGUACAUACUCUUUGCCAUUGUGGCAAACAACAGAAAACACGCAAUUCGCAUUAAACACUAAACACAAACAAGCUUUACAUAACCUAACCUAACCUACAACUAGAAGCAGGUAUAAAAAUUGCGCAGACGGAAAGAAAACCGUAAAUACAACUGGUAACAAAAGAUGGCCGACGUACGACAAACGCCAAAUGUCAAACAAGAUGUUUAAUGUCCAACAUCGUCCAAAACUCAACACUCAACACGUUCCUCUACUGAAAGAUGUUUUAUUGUUGCUUAAUGUAAAACUUUCAGGGAGUAAAGAACGAAUUACGAUUACCUACGUUUGCGUUUUGCGGAAACAGCAGUCGUGUUAAACGUAAAUCUAAACGUUAAAUGAGCAAAUGUUGUACUGAUUGCACGCAAGAACUUACCUGACGUCUGAGUUGUCAUGAAACACAACAAAAGUUGAAUCUAGUAGAAGUUGAGGACAAGCGACACAGCUGUAGCCUCCGCUAUGGUUCGCUAAUGACAUUUUACUUGUUCACUUCUGUGCGUGUUCGCUUAAAACAUCAUUUAAAGACUUACUGGAUACUUUAUUUUUUGCUUUGUUGCUGGUUUUUAUGGUUAACGCCGUUGCGCCGUUGUUUUCAUCGUCAUGUGUUUGUUCAACUUUUGUUGUACGUUUAAUUGUUGUCGUUAACAACAUCAACAAACUUACGAGUUGUUGAACUUAA